AUGGAGGAAAGACGUCUACCAGGAGUACUGAUCCUUAGCAAGUAUGAUGCUGCUUCCAAAUGCCAGGAGAAUUCGCAAAUUGAAGUGAUACCAUGUAAAAUUUGUGGUGAUAAGUCCUCUGGAAUACACUAUGGAGUCAUCACAUGUGAAGGCUGCAAGGGAUUCUUUCGGAGGAGUCAGCAGAACAAUGCCUCCUACUCCUGCCCAAGGCAGAGAAACUGUUUAAUUGACAGAACCAACAGAAAUCGUUGCCAACACUGCCGACUGCAGAAAUGUCUUGCCCUGGGAAUGUCUCGAGAUGCUGUGAAGUUUGGAAGAAUGUCCAAAAAGCAGAGGGAUAGCUUGUACGCUGAAGUGCAGAAGCACCAGCAACGACUGCAGGAGCAACGGCAGCAGCAGAGCGGUGAGGCAGAAGCCCUCGCCAGGGUUUACAGCAACAGCAUCAGCAACGGCUUGAGCAACCUGAAUAACGAAACUGGCAGCACCUACUCAAACGGGCACGUCAUUGACCUGCCGAAGUCUGAGGGUUAUUAUAAUGUGGAUUCCGCCCAGCCUUCCCCAGACCAGUCUGGGUUAGACAUGACUGGAAUCAAACAGAUAAAGCAGGAACCUAUCUAUGACCUCACCUCUGUACCAAACUUGUUUACCUAUAGCUCUUUCAACAAUGGGCAAUUAGCUCCGGGGAUAUCCAUGACUGAAAUAG